AUGACAGUAAUAAGUAUCAUACUUUUUCUUCUUAUUUUACCAUGUGUUGAUGUAACAAUUUAUGUUUACAAUACUGUAGACAGUAAUUCCGUUGAGUUUUAUGAUUGUAUCCUUCAUGAUGGUUUAUUUUAUUGUCGACGUCCAAAUGAACCAAUGAUUCUAAAUAGAAGCAAUGAUACAAUGCAAUGUUAUCACAAUGGAACUCGUCAUUUAUUAUCGAAAAUGUAUUCUGAUAAAAUUAAGAUAAGUACUGUUUUACAUGAAUGGAAGUCAAGUAUUGAAAUGGUUGAACAAUAUGUACGCUAUAUGAAUAAUCGGGAAAAAGUUGAUCAAUACAUGUGUGAAUGUAUAACUUUUCAAUCUUUUGGAAAGAACUGCGAAUAUCUAUUGCCAAUAGGUAGAAUAUUUGCUGAAACUCUUAGCGCAGAAAACUCAUUGAAAAGAUACUAUCCACGGUAUAAUCAACGAUAUGGUAAUAUUGUUUAUUAUAGAACAUUGGAAUGUAAUUCAGGUCUUUUACAUUUGGACUGGAGAGAUAUUUGUGAUGAUAUUCAACAAUGUAUGUCUGGAUUAGAUGAAAUUAAUUGUGAUCUACUUGAGUACAAUGAAUGUGAAGAUGAUGAAUAUCGAUGUAUGAAUGGCAUGUGUAUUCCUGAAGAAUAUUUUCUCGAUGGCGAAUUCGAUUGUUUAGAUUGGAGUGAUGAAGUACAAUAUUAUGAUGAUACGAAUUGUCCCAUAGAAAGUGCAAGUAUUCAAUGUGAUGAUCGAAUUUGUCCACCGAGUCAAUGGUCAUGUGGUGAUGGACAAUGUAUUACUGAUCGAUUUGAAUUUCAAAAAUUAUCACAAAUCAAAUCAGAAUGUCGAAGUCGACGUGAACAAUAUUUUAUUUGUGAAACACAUUAUGUUCGACCAAUGUGGACAUUACCGACUGGUCGAUGUAAUGAUGGUAUGGAGUAUGAAGAAUCAAAUGUAAACAAUUAUACGUCUUCGAAACGUUGUGAGUAUCUCCUCAAAUGUGCUCUAUCGAAAGGAGCAGAAAAGAAUUGUCCGUGUAAAAAUUUUUUCUCGUGUGCUCAAGAAAUUCUUACUAUAUGUCCUUCACCAUAUAUUCAAUAUCCAGCUGGUGCACUAAUGACUCCCUACAUUCUUUUUUUCUAUAAUCGAAAAAGAAAUUCUUCAUAUUCUUCAGUAAGACCAGAUUUCUCUUGGAUUAAUGGAACAAUUAAAUGUGAUGGAAUACGAACUGAUAUAUCUGGUCGACGCUUUUCAAAUAUUACAACAAUUGAACAAAUGACAGACUCAUUAUGUCGAUAUUUGAAGAAUCAAUCUGUAUUUAAUAACUACACGUAUGAUCAAUCCUGUUAUAAUCAAUCAUUAACUUUCAAUAAUCGUCCAUAUAGUUCAAGUAAGAUUUGUAAUAAAUCGGAAAAAUGUCUUUCAACUUAUCGUAUCAAAGAUGGUUUUGUCAAUUGUUUUGAUCAGAUGGAUGAAAUAGAAGAUAUCUCUACUUUUAAUAUAUGUUCGUCUCAACAUCGACGAUAUCGUUUUCGAUGUUUUAAUAACGAAUCAACUUGUUUGAGCAUUAUUACUCUCGGAAAUAAUAGAAUUGAUUGUAAAAAUAAAUUUGACGAAUUAUGGUUCGGAACAAAUAUCAAAUUAGCAAAUAUAAAUUGUAAUAAAAUAUGGAAAUAUGAAUGUGAAUCUCUUCGACAAUAUGUUGAACAAUCAUGGCUUUUAAGUACUACAAGUGAACAUAUUCAACACUUCCGAAUACCAUUUCGUCAAUAUUGUGAUACAUUCUGGAAUUUAGCAUUAAAAGAAGAUGAAAAUAUAGACGAAUGUAAAAAAUGGUGGGUAUGUACAGAUCAACAAUGGCAGUGUCAUACUGGUCAAUGUAUCGAUCCAUUAUGGGUACUUGAUGGACAAUGGGAUUGUCCUGAUGCAUCAGAUGAAGAUAAUCUAUUAUUCUACUCAUCGAAUUCCAAGCGAAAUUUACAAUUAGUCAAUGAAUCGGAGCUUAAUAAGAGGUUUAAGAAACACAAUAAAUCGUUACCUUUUUCGACUAUUUGUAAUUUAACAACACAUUUUCCAUGUUACUCUGUUAAUAUUUCUGAUCCACUAGAUAAUUUAAUAUAUAAUCGACUUUGUAUCCGUCGGGAUCAGAUUGGAGAUGGUCAUAUUGAUUGCUAUGGAGCUAUUGAUGAGCGUAACACUAUAGCGCAUUGUGAACAAACAACAAUGCUUGGAUAUAAUUUCAAAUGUAGUUCCAAUGAUCAAUGUAUUCCAUAUUGGGAUCAUUGUUUUGGAGAUCGAUGUAAAAUAGAUUCCGAUGAUCAGAUCUGGUGUGAGUUUCGACAAAAUUUAACUGACUACGACAGUCUCUCGGAUGCUCUUUGCUUUAAUGGUACAUGGAUAAAAAAUACUCGAUGCAAUCGAAUAUCAGAUUGCUUAUAUGGAGAAGAUGAAUAUAUGUGUGAAUAUCAAAAUAUUUCGAAAUUAACUGGUGUUCCAUAUCGUAAAGAUAAAGAAAAAAAUACCACAAGUGUCGCAUAUAUACUUGGAGCAAUUCGAUUUCCAUUAAAUUCAAACAUCACUCAGUCGGUUACAGGCUCAGUUUCCGUCACAUUACCAACUAUAUCAACGAAUCUGACAGCAUCACCAAUUGCCUAUCGAUGUAAUCGAGGUGUUGGUAUAAAAGUCCAUAAUGGUUCAAUUGCUUGUUUCUGUCCACCUCAAUAUUAUGGUGACACAUGCCAAUUUCAUACUGAUCGAAUCAUAGUUCUUCUUCAUCUUAAUCUAUCUCAAUCGAUCUACACGGUGAAUAGUGAUGUUAAUAUUGUACUCAAAAUGAUAGUUCUAUUUGUUUUCAAUGAUGAAAUAAUUACUAAUCAUGUAUUUCAUGUUCGACCCUCGUCGGAAAUGUUUAUUUAUACAAAAAAAAUGAUACAUUUUCUCUACUCUCGUUCAUCAUCAUUACUACAACAUAAAAUACAACGAUAUUUUAAUCGAUCAAAUAUUGUCGAUAAUCAUCCUUAUUCAAUUCGUAUUGAGAUGUACGAAAGACAAAAGUCGUACGAACCUUUACUCAUAGCUGUAUGGAAAUAUCCGAUUUAUUUCGAUUUUUUGCCUGUCUUUCGUUUAGCUAAAGUUCUUCAUUUAACUAAAUUAAAUUUUAAACAAAAUACCUGUUCGAGUAAUCCUUGUAAUCCACAUCAAGAUUGUCAACCACUACAAAAUGAUCAAACAAAAUACAUUUGUCUUUGUAAAAGUCAUUUCAAAGGUGAAAAUUGUUCAAUUGUAGAUCAACAAUGUCUUGAUAAUUAUUGUAUGAAUGGAUCUUUAUGUAAACCUAAUUAUCGAGGUAUAUUAAUUGGAAAUAGUUUACCCUAUUGUAUUUGCUUGUUCGAUUAUUUUGGAGAUCAAUGUGAAAUUCGACAUGAUCGAUGUAGAUUGACACCUUGUCUUAAUAAUGGUUCUUGUUAUGCUACUUCUAAACCAGAUACUAUUGCAUGUUCAUGUACUGAAGGAUAUUAUGGUAAACAUUGUGAACUACCAAAACCUCAAAUAAAAUUGCUUAUUGAUGAAAUGAUUAAUCAUGAUGGAGCUGUUAUUCAAUAUUUUGAUAUUGAUUUUCUAUCAUUGAAUCUUAUCCUCGUUCGACAACAAGUCUAUCGAACUGUUCCAACUUUAAUUGAAUAUCGACAUAAUCAAAAGACGAUACCAGAAAUUAUUGUAGCAAAAGUCUAUUCUAAUCAGAUCGACAAUUCGGCGGAACUAUAUUUGCUUUCUGUCCAUGUUAACGUUACUUCAAUCUAUGCUAUUACUCAAAUAAUCGAACAAAAUCGAUGUGCUCAUUUACAUACCUUGAUUUCCAAGAAUGAAACUGAACGUAAUUUAAACUAUUCACCCAUUAAAUAUCAUCGUCUAUGCCAGAUUAAUGUAAACCUAGUAUGUUUUCAUGAUGGUUUUUAUCUAUGUAUUUGUGAUGAAAAUCAUAAUCGAACAGAAUGCUUUCGUUAUGAUGAUAAACUUGAUCAUUGUACUUAUUGUCUUGCAGGUGGUCGUUGUGUAAAAGGAGAUCCAUUACAGUUGAAUGAUUUCAUUUGUAUAUGUCCAGCGUGUCAUUCAGGUACUAAAUGUCAAUUUAAUUCGAAUUCAUUUGGUUUUACUCUUGAUCAACUUUUCUUCGCUGAUCUUACUUCUAAUAAUCAAAAAAUAACAUUUCGAUUACUGAUCAUUUUACCUCUUCUUCUAUUUUUACUAGCAUUACCAAAUAAUAUCUUUUCUUUUCUCACUUUUCAUCGUCCAAAUUGUCUUCACAAUGGUAUUGGUCAAUAUUUACUCUAUAUGAGUAUUAUCAAUAAAUUGAAUCUUGGAAUGUUGGUUGCUCGUCUAAUUCAUUUAACAAUUCAAACUACAGCUUUACAUUCACAUCCAUUGAUCGAUCAUUAUUUUUGUAAGAUAUGUAGUUAUCUUCUUACAUCAUCUAGUCGAAUGGUUUAUUGGCUUUCAUCACUAAUAGCUAUUGAACGUGUGUAUAUGAUACUCUUUCUCAAUCGACGUUGGCUAUGUAAACCACAUAUUGCUCGUCGUUUAAUUGUUCUCACUUUUACAGGUAUUUUAAUUAGUGAUAUACCCGAACUUUUAUUCACUAAAUCAUUAUCUGGUAUUCAUAAUGACGGUGGCGGUAUGUGUAUUAUUGAGUUUUCAAUUUCUACUCGAUCGAUCUGGUUGAUGUAUCAUCGUAUUAUUUCUGUUAUUAAUUCUAUUUUACCACUAUUGAUCAAUAUUUGUUGCACCCUCACGAUAAGUUGCGUAGUGACGAAAAAAAAGAUGAAUACACGUACAAUAAUUGCUCGUAUGUAUUUUGAAAGUGUGAUGAGAUAUGGAGUUUUAUAUCUAUUUUUAGAUACUGGAAUUGAAACGAAACAUCAGAAUGAAUCAAUUUUAGUUAACUAUCGAAAUUAUCUUCAGUUUGUGUUCAAUGUAUUGAGUGACAAUAAAGAGUUGAUAAUUGGACCGAGUAUUACUCUCGUUCCACAAUUAUUCUCAUUACCACUUUUUAUAAUUUCGUUUACAUUAUAUUGUCAAAAUUUAGAAAAUAGUCAAAUGCGAUAUCUUCUGAUUGUUUCCUAUUUUACUUCAUUUAUUCCACAAAUAAUUAGUUUUAUGUUGUAUAUUUUCCCUUCAUCGUUCUAUUCAACCGAAUGGCAUGCGACUAGAAUUGGUCGAUCGAUAUCUGCCUUCUUUCCAGUUAAUCGACCAACAAUUCCAACAAUAACGAUUACGGCGACUCCCAAAGAAUAG